UUCCCGGAAGUUAAUCCACAAGGCGGAAGCGAAGGCCAUAGCCUGUGAUGAGGAAUCAACGAGAGCCGAGAAAGUGAAAGGGCGAAAAAAAGCAUUUAUUUGUGGCAAUUCCGAUAACUGAACACAUUAAGCACAGAAGGAACUUUUUAUUAAUCACUGAAUAUCACGUGUUCCAGGACCAGGACCUCUCGCCUUCGCUCAGCCUCAACUGGCCUAGCCUAGCCCAGCUCUGCCCGGCCACGUCCAGCCAAGCGCACCCUGGCCUAAACUCCGCCUCCGACCAAGCAACCAUCCCGGCCUCAGCUCCGCCCCCCUGGCCAAGCACAUCCCGGCGCGGCGCAGCCACAGUCUUUUUUUCUCUCCCAGGGUAGCCUCUGCUCAGCUCCAUGGCGGGUCGGGGAGGACCGGCGAGAUCAAACGGCCCGGCGGCUGGGAACAAGAUCUGCCAGUUUAAGCUGGUGCUGCUCGGAGAGUCGGCGGUGGGCAAGUCCAGUCUGGUGCUGCGCUUCGUAAAGGGCCAGUUUCACGAGUACCAAGAGAGCACCAUUGGAGCUGCCUUCCUCACACAGACGGUCUGUUUGGACGAUACAACGGUAAAGUUCGAAAUCUGGGACACAGCUGGCCAGGAGCGAUAUCACAGCCUGGCGCCCAUGUAUUACAGAGGAGCCCAGGCAGCCAUCGUGGUCUAUGACAUCACUAACACAGAUACUUUUGCACGUGCAAAAAACUGGGUGAAGGAACUCCAGCGGCAAGCCAGCCCCAACAUCGUGAUCGCCCUGGCAGGGAACAAGGCGGACCUCGCCAACAAGAGAGCCGUCGACUUCCAGGAAGCACAAGCCUACGCCGACGACAACAGCUUGCUUUUCAUGGAGACUUCAGCCAAGACUGCAAUGAACGUUAACGAAAUCUUUAUGGCCAUAGCCAAGAAGCUGCCGAAGAAUGAGCCUCAGAGCGGAGCGGGCACAGGGGGCCGGGCCAGGCCGGGUGUGGACCUGCAGGACUCCGCCCCCCAGGGCCGGAGCGGCCAGUGCUGCAGCGGCGGAAACUAACAGUGCACCGAGCCAGCCAACAACCCGACCGAUGACCAACAGGCCGCAAGACGAAACCAACCCCGAAAGAAAAGAAAACACGGAAAAACAAGAUCCAUUCUUACCAGUCGCACUUAACAGACCCAACUGCUUGCUUUUUUUUUUUUUUUUUUUUUUUUUUUUUUUCUGUUUUGAGCAUUUUUUUAAAAAAUCAUAAGCUGGAGGGAAUACCUCAGGGCCUCUCUCCCUUUUUCGCACAUUCUUUACCCCUCUUUUUGUUAUUGAACACAAAUACUAAUUCAAUUAUGUCUUAAGUCACUUUUUAAAGGAAAAGCUGUAUCAUACCUCCUGCUAUUACCCCUCUGUUUUCUGUCCUGAUCAUCUCUGUGCCCCACCCAGCCCUCUGGAAGAAGCAGGGGGAGAAAAUGAGGGCAUCUUUUCCUUCCAGAUUUAGCUAUCUUGUAGAUUAAUAUUAUUAUUGUUAUUACUACUUUUCAGGCACAAGACAUGUAGUAUGUGAUUUGAUAGGGUAAACAUUCUAUGGUUUGAAUCAAGUAUGUAUGUUAAAUCACGCAUUAACAGUCAUUACACCAGUAAGUCAUUUUUUAGCAUUAUGUUUUUUGAAUCUGUAUGAUACAAUGUUGACAAAAAUAAAAGGAUCAAGCAAGAUUUUUUUUUUCUGACCAAAAUUGCAAUUAUGAGUAUUGAAAAUAAUUUUUGCUGUAUUUGUAUUGUAUGUUUCUCUUCAAACAUGUAACCAAUCAGUACUUAUUGUCAGGACAGUAUCUUCCCAAUAUAAUAUAUAUUUUGUCUCAAUAUAUAAUUUUGUAACUCAAUAUAAUUUUGUUUGAAGAAUC